AUGGCUAAACCAACUCCGACUCCAAGUCCUAAACCAUCUGUCCAAGGAAGUCAGCCUUCUGUUAGGAGCAGAUCGAAUUCUAUGCACAAUGCGGACUAUGAAGAAUUUGCGAGCCUUCAAUUGGAUAAACCAAAUGAAUCAGAAUUAAAGACAAGUGAAGAAAUGAAAAAACACAUGUAUGAUGAUCAUUUUGAAGGCAGACCCAUAGAAAGAGCUAUGCAUAUAUUAACCAAACUUUUCACAACUGAAUGUAGCUCUAUCCUCAACUUAUUUAUUAAAAUUAAUUCGGGAAUGUAA